AUGUCCCAUUUCCCCACGCAUCAACAAUCCGCCCCAAGAGCAACACCACGCAAUCAAGCUCAAGGUGCUCUGGCUACGCGCCCUAGCCCGUCCCAUGAUAUUUAUAGCAGACCCGAGUAUCAGUUCCCAUGGUCAAGGGACGUGCGGAAAGCGAUGAAGCAGAUCUUUAAGUUAGAGGACUUUCGCACGAAUCAGGUUGAAGCGAUAAACGCCACCCUCCAAGGGAAAGACUGUUUCGUUCUCAUGCCGACGGGCGGUGGAAAGAGUUUAUGCUACCAACUUCCUGCAGUCGUGCCCACCGGAAAGACAAACGGAAUGACGCUGGUCGUAUCACCGUUGCUCUCACUCAUUACGGAUCAAGUCCAGCAACUCAACGCGAAGGGAGUCAUGGCCAUCCCCUUGACCGGCACCCUCACCAACGAACAGAGAGACCGGGUGUACGCGGAGAUAUAUGCACCAAAUUCGGACGUUCGGUUGAUAUACGUCACCCCUGAGAUGAUCAUGAACAGCGGAAAGUUCCAAGACCUCGUGAAACACCUCCACGAGCGCGGCAAGUUGGCAAGGCUGGUCAUCGACGAAGCCCAUUGUGUCAGUCAAUGGGGCCACGAUUUCCGACCUGACUACAAGAACCUGGGUAACUUCCGACGCCAAUACCCCGGCCUGCCCGUCAUGGCACUCACGGCGACCGCAAACGAGAAGGUCAAGCUGGACAUCAUUGACUGUCUCGGCAUGCACAACUGCGCGCGGUUCGUGCAGAGUUUUAAUCGAAGCAAUCUCCGAUAUGAAGUGCGGAAGAAGGAGAAGCAGAUCGUGAACGAUAUUUGCUCGCUUAUCGAGACGUUUUAUCCUGGACAAUGUGGGAUUAUCUAUUGCGGGUCUCGGAAGAAUUGCGAGGAUGUUACGGACAAAUUGAAGAAAAACGGAAUGGACAUUGAUUUCUACCAUGCGGGACUGGAAAAGGACGAUCGGUUGCGGAUACAAUCAGCAUGGGCGACUGGCAAGAUCAAGAUUAUCGUGGCAACGGUGGCGUUUGGCAUGGGUAUCGACAAGCCUGACGUCCGCUUCGUCAUCCACUACAGUCUUCCCCACAGUCUUGAGGGCUACUAUCAGGAAACCGGGCGAGCGGGGAGGGACGGCAAGGAGUCCAUGUGCAUUAUGUAUUACUCGUACCGGGACAAGACAAUGAUCGAUACAAUGAUACAGAAAGGUGAAGGGAGUCAUGAGCAGAAAGAGCGGCAAAGGAAUAAUCUCCGACAAAUGGUCGCCUAUUGCGAGAACAAGAUUGAUUGCAGACGACAGCAAGUGCUAGCCUACUUCUCCGAAAAAUUCGAUCGCGCCAACUGUCACAGGACUUGCGAUAACUGUCGACGAAAUGCGAAAGGAAUCACGAAGGAUGUGCGGCAGGAGACUAUGGACAUUAUCGAACUUGUCCGUUCUGUCCAAGAAGAACGCGUCACGAUGAACCAGUGCAUGGAUAUCUACCGGGGCGCGAAAACCACCAAAGUCACCAAGUUUGGACAUAAUGAGUUAGGACAGUACGGAAAAGGAGCCAACCUCGGCAAAGGCGAAGUCGAACGCCUCUUCCGGUUCCUCGUCACCCACCAAAUCCUCGGCGAGUACUUCAAAGUCAACGGCCAAGGCUUCACCAACGCCUACGUCGCCGUCGGCCGGCAGAGCGAGACGUACCGGUACGGCCGGGUGCCGAUCCAGUUUACGUUCAUGGAGGAGCAGCAGGCGCAGUUGCAGAUUCAGGGUGGGGAGAGCGCGGCGUCGGCGAAUGCGAGGAAGGCGACGGCGGCGAGGGCGACGAAGAAUAAGAAGGCGGCGGCUGCUGCUGAGGCGAAUAAGGAGUAA